GGCCGGGAAGCAUCAACUAGCUAGUUAAAAGACUUCUUAAGCUGCUUUUGUCUGUCUCCCUAGUAUUCUAGGGUUCUUUCUUUCGUCUCCCUAGCUGUUCAAGGGUUCUACUCGCCGAUUCUUCUCUCGGAUUGUGCUCUCAUGGAAGGCGGCGAUGUUGAUGGUUUGAAUCAAAGGGUGUCUGGGCUAGAUCUGGAUGACGAGGCUGAGGGGCUCUCCUUUUUACCGGAGGGCGGGGCUCCUGUGCCGACGGUAGAGUUCCGAACUUGGACAAUCGCGGGUCGAUUUCUCUCCAAUAAGGUAAUUAAAUUUGAUAUUAUGCAACGGGUUAUGGCAGCGUCUUGGAAGCCGGCUAUGGGAGUUCGAAUUGUCCAGGAGGGAGAGGUGUUCCUGUUUCACUUCUAUCAUGUUAAGGACGCGACCCGAAUCAUCGAAGAGGGUCCGUGGUCUUUUGAUAAUGCUACGUUGGUCUGUAAACUCCUUGGCGAAGGGGAGAAGGCUUUGGCUACUGAUCUGAAUUGUGCAGAGAUGUGGGUUCAAGUACAUAGUUUUCCCUUUGGUUAUUCAUCCCCGGCUAUUUUAGAAGCUAUUGGUAAUUUUGUGGGUGGGUUUGUGAAGAAUGAUUUCAGUCCUAUUCCUCAGACCCAGAGGCCCUAUUUUAGGGUUCGGGUGGGGGUGGAUGUGCGAAAGCCACUUCGGCGUAAGAUGAAGCUCAAGAAAAGAGAUGGGUCGGUUGUUUGGGUUCAAUUCCAGUACGAACGUCUCAAUACCAUUUGUUUCUUUUGCGGCGUCAUGGGACAUCUUGCAAAGCACUGUAGAGGGGCAGUUCUAUCUUCUUUGGAACCAGAGGAUUACCCAUUUGACGCCUCCCUAAGGGCUGGUGGAAGGAAAAAGGAGUCUAGUCUUGGUUUGCCGUGGCUUCGGUUUCAGGACCCUUGGGAGGGGUGUGGGGAGCAGGUUGGAACCUCUUCACUUGUGCAAAAAGUUACACCGGAGGAGGAGGUAGAGCUUGAAGUUGUGGCAAAGAGGAAGAGGGGUACGGAGGGUGGUGCUAUGUUGGAAAGAGACUUGGAUAUCUCUAUGAUGGAUGGUUCAAAAAACUUGCAAGCGGCGGGUUCUGGUUUCCAGGCCCGCCGGGGACAAUGAGUAUCCUAAGUUGGAACUGCCGUGGGUUGGGCAACCGGCGGACAGUUCAGGAGUUGGCAGACCUUGUGUCUGCAAAGAAGCCCGACUUUAUUUUUCUUUUGGGAACUAAAGGUGCGAGAGGAAGUGCAGAAGAGUUGAAGGUCAAGAUUGGUUUUGAGGGGCUCUUUGUUGUGGACAGUGUCGGUUUGAGUGGUGGGCUGGCGCUUCUAUGGAAGGAGAAUCGUACGGCUAAUCUCAUUAGCUACUCUAGAUAUCAUAUUGAUAUUGUUGUUUCUCUUCAGAAUGCUGUACCUUGGAGAUUCACUGGAUUUUAUGGUAACCCUAAAAGGGAUCAGCGUGGCAGCUCUUGGGAUCUUCUUCGGUCUCUUAAACAUCAUUCCUCUUUACCUUGAGCUGUUAUGGGUGACUUUAAUGAUCUGUGUUCGGUUAGAGAGAAGAAGGGGGGCUGCCCUCAUCCGAUUUCGCUUAUAUCAGGGUUCAAUCAAGCUCUUGAGGAUUGCGGUCUUUUCGAUUUAGGGAUGAUUGGUUAUCCCUUCACUUGGGAACGAGGUCGUGGUUCGCAUAACUGGGUUGAGGAACGACUUGAUCGUGUCGUGGUCUCUGGGGCGUGGAGGGAUUUGUUUACACAAGCCUGGGUGUUCAACAACUUCAUGAGAACUUCUGAUCAUGCAGCGUUACAUUUAUGUCUUAACCGUGCGAUUCGGGUGCACAGGGUUAGGAGAUUUCGGUUUGAAAAUGCUUGGAUGCGUGAUAUUGGUUUUAAGGAUGUCUUGACAGAGGCUUGGCGUGAUUCGAAUGGGGAGCCUUUCUCAGAUAGACUGGCUGCUUGGGGAAGAGACUGAUGCGCUGGGAAGGGGAUAAAUUCCAACAUUUUGGUAAAAGGCGUAAAGAACUGGAAAAACUGAUUGCUGGUAUAAGGGGGAAGCGUGAUGACCAGAGUCUUUUAGCUCUUAAUCGUGCUGAAAAGGAGCUUGCCUGUUUAAGGGACCAAGAGGACCUAUAUUGGCGACAAAGGGCGAAGCAACACUGGCUUAAUUCUGGUGAUGCUAAUAGCCGGUUUUUUCACCAAUGUGCGUCUCACCGACAGCGAAAGAAUUUUAUUCAUGGGCUUAAGGGUUCGGAUGGAGUCUGGCAUGCUGGGAAUUCUUUAAAAGCUUUGAUUACAAAGUAUUUUAAGGACAUCUUUACGUCUAAGGGGGUUGCUGACUCCUUGUUUUUUGACUCCAUUGUCCCGCGGGUUUCGAGAGAACAAAAUGAAGGGUUGCUG